GUGUACAUUUGUUACUUAAUUUGAACAGAAAGAAAAGAGGUCUCAAUUGUACCUUGUUUCUGUUACUAACGCUAACUGACUGUUAGUGUUAGGCCAGAGUUAAGAUGUCGAGUAAUCAAGAAGAAAGCGUCCAGCAAAACCAGAUAAACUUAGAUGAUACUCUCGGGGAUUCUUCUUCUUCGACUGUUAGAGAUGCUGGAGCAGUUUAUGCCAUCUGCACUUUUGCUCUGAUUUUUGCCUUUGUUGGGUUUCCUUUGUGGUGGAAGACAACAGAGGUGUUUCGAGUUCCAUUGCCUUACCAGAAGAUGGAUUCCUUACCAAUGCAGAAAGUGACACACUUAAUAGGAGUAACUGUAGUGUUGGUAGACAACUCUGUUGAGAAAUCUUCUUUGUGGGAACAACUGACACUUUUUAAUUUGAAGUCUUCAGAUCAGCUAGAAUUCAAGUAUCAUUUCAAUUUACGUGAACCGUUUCCUGAAGAGAGAAGAGCCAUAGUGGAAUCAUCCAAUUUAAUUGAUUUGGAUAGGAGGCUACAUGAACUUGGUUUAAUGAAGAAAAUAGGUAGUUUGUGGAUGUACAUCUUACCUACCAAUAUGUUUGACCUCAAGCAGCCAACAGUUGGAUCCCAUCGAGCUGCUUAUUUGCAUUCACCUUCAUCUGCUGUAUCCUUGAGUGUUGAGCUCAUGAGAGUUGUUAGCAAUAUGGUGGAAGAAAAAACUCUCAGGAAACUAUUCUUACCUACAUCAAUGUCCUUAAAGCAACCUGAUAAGGAUACUAUGAGAAGUACAAGUGCUUAUACUGGUCUUGAUGUUAUCUUCACAUUGUUAUCUUCUCAACCAGAGGUGUACGACAUUCGGUGGGAUAUAGAAAGAGCUGUGGAAGAAUACUUGAAACCAUUUUUAGAGUUUAUAUCUCUCAUCGUUAAUGUGGAUGUGAAAAGUCAGAUUUUGUUUAUGACUCCUUUAAACCUCCAACCAAAGUUCCUGAAUGAAACAGAACACAUUGUUUCAGUUGACCAGUUGUCUUUAGCAUUUAAUCCAGUAGAGUCCAAAUUAGGAUCUCAUUCUUCACUAAAUCCAACCUUGAAUUUUGUGACAUAUGUGCCACCUAAGGAAGUAUUUCCCUUACAAAUCUACACAGAGAAAGGUGAACGUCUCACAACAAAUUCCUUCCUUUCUGCACGAUGGGGAGGGUUUUACGUGUACAAUAUUCCUCCUCCAACAGAGGGUAGUGCAUUACCCUCCACUGUGUAUCUGGAUGUGAAACAAGUGAUGAAAGUAUUUCUAUCUCAGUUAAAGGCAUUGAUCGGAAUUCAUCAUUGUGGUGACACAGACUGCAGUGGAUUGUUCUUCAUCCAGAACUAUACUUGCACUGAUUGGGAAUUGGACUUUUUGAUGAGACGUCAAGCUCAAGAACAGUUGGCAAAGGCUUUAGGAUCGUUACAUUCUCUAGCUCAUCUCCUGGAAACCAUCAGCAAUAUUGUCAUUACUAAUGUGGUUGGUGACAAGAUUUAUCUAGCCAUUGAUUCUUUAGAAAAAGGUAUAGAACUCUUAAAAACUGGAAAUUUGGAAGAAGCAUUUGGUUUUAUAAAACGUGCCUUCGUUUCAUCAGAGGAAGCAUUUUAUCAUCCAUCACUCCUUGCUCUUCUCUAUUUUCCAGAUGACCAAAAGUAUGCAGUUUACAUUCCCUUGUUCCUGCCUGUUAGUAUUCCAGUGAUUCUCUCACUGCCACAUUUGUGGAGGUUCCUCCAAGUAAAAACAAAAAAGAAACACUAGUUUAUUAACGAAUGAACAGCAAAACCUUAGUCAACAUUAGGUAUUCAAGCCACCAAAGUUUACUUUAGUUUGAUGUUGCCUUAUGCUGUUAAGAGACAUUCCUUUAAUACUACAAAAUUACUUGGUUAUAUAAUGUAGUAUGGUGUUGAAUUUGUUUAUUGACAUAACAUGAAACACAACAGAGUGGUAGUGUAAGACAAUAUUGUGUUGGUAUGUUGGCAUAUAGUUUCUAACUAAUAAAAUUUGUCAGAUAUAAAUGAAAAUUUGAGUAAUAUAAAAAAAAAUAUCAAGGUCUCCCAACCAAAAACUAAAUUUUUCAUUUUCCUUUUAUUUUUUAUUUUAAAUUUCUUUCACACUUAUACUAUAAUCUUAUAUUAAUAAAAACAAGAUGACAACUUUAAAAGUUUCCUCAUCAAGUGGUUUCAGUGGUAUACCUAAUAUAUCCAUAUGAAAAGCUAACUUAGUCACUAAGAAGUGUAAUAUUAUAUUGUUAAGUUGAAGAUUAUUUUUCUUCAUAAACUUUUGUGGAAAUAAAGCCAUAAAAUGUAUAAAAUUAAAUGAUAUUCUCUAUUUAAAUUCACAAUGUAUUGUCAUAGAUGCAGCCUAACUUAUGAGUGUUGUUGUUGAAUAAAAGCCUUCCUGAGCAGUGAUUAAUGGCAAAUGAAGGAUGGAUCUGAACUGCCAUUUUUACACAACUCUGAUAUCAAAUCCAUAA